AUGGGCUUCACGACAGGCUUUCUGGGCGGUGCCACACUGACGUACUCUCUCCUCUACUUCUCGCUCUACGUCCACCGCGCGAACCGCAAUGUCCAACGCACGCUCCUGUCCCAACAAGCCACACUGCUGAACUCGGUGGUGGAGCCCGCGCCCCCGCUGCCCGAUCCGCCCGCAUACGAAGUCCGGCGCGCGGGAUUGAUAGAAGAGCUCAAGGACCGGUGGAACAGGGAGGUAGAGAAGCUGGUCAAGAACGUCGAGGAGACGGACUGGUCGCUCGUGCGGGAAGGGGUCGAGGAGAAAGUGGGCAGUGUGUGGGCGAGAGUGAGGCAGUCGCAGACGGGCAAGGAGGUGGAAGACAAGGUCAAGGAGGUGGUGGACGCGGGAAAGGAAAAGGUCGACGAGGUGGUGGGUGCUGGCAAGCAGAAGGUCGACGAGAAGACGACCAAAGAGCCGACACGGUUGUUGGAGCUAAAAUGA